GCCGUUAACGCUCUUUUGGUUUGCCUAGGGGGGAUUUUCGCGCCAAAGUGGCCAACUUUGAUUUGUGCCAAGCCGACGACACGCUGGUCGAGAACGGGUUUGAUCUGGGGCUUCUCGUCGACGACGACAAUCCCGAACAGGCCGUCGACGACAACCUCGUCGACGAGCUCGCCAACGUCUACUGCUACGGCCGCGUGCUUGUGCACAUGGUGA